AAUAUAUCUAAGUAUCGUGACAAAUGAAUAAGCCGAAGCUUCGGGAAUCUUCUAGCAUGAGCUUGAAGUUGCAAAUCCCAACAACGACGUUCCAGGAUGUUCAGCGAUGAGAAAGAUAACAAUGUCAAGCAGGACAUCGAAUCGACGCGGGGGGAUAGCUCUCUGACAAAAUGGUCGCAAAGAUUGUUAUCAUGGGGAGUGGAAGGCAGAGGUAUUAUCCCUGUGGCACCGGAAGAUCGUACAGACACGCAAUAUUACAAGAUCUUCUUCUUAUGGCUUGCGUUCAAUGUCAACAUCUUAUCGUUCUCCGCCGGAUCGCUGGGACCCAUUGCGUUUGGACUAGGCGUCCGUGACUCAUGCUUGGUUAUCUUAUUCUUCAACUUGCUUUGUGCAUUACCGCCAGCGUAUCUCACGACAUGGGGACCUCAAGUUAGGUACUUUGGCGUCAUCAUACCUUGUAUCUUCAACAUCGUUUCGUUGGGUGUAUUUUGCAUUCUCGACUGCAUUCUUGGGGGGCAGACCUUGUCAAGUGCCGUCGAUGGGAAUUUAAGUUGGACAGUUGGUAUUGUUGUUAUUGCUAUUAUAUCACUUCUGGUAUCUUUUUGCGGAAUCAAAGUCAUCGGAUGGUAUGAGCGCAUAGCUUGGAUACCCGUCGUCAUUGUAUUCGUGGUAGCAUUAGGUGUAGGUGGGAAACACAUCACGGCUGUUCCUGCAGCCGAACCUGCCACUGCUGCCGCCGUCCUGUCAUUUGGCUCAACUAUCGCUGGCUUCGUGAUCACCUUCUCACCUUUGAGCUCUGAUUUUACAAUCUACUUCCGUCCCGAUGUUUCAAGGAUUCGAUUAUUCUUGUAUUCAUACAUAGGCUUUCUACUGCCGAUUAUCACUCUGCAAUGUCUCGGGGCAGCAGUCGCUGCGUCCGCGUCCUUAGUUCCAGCCUGGGAUGAAGGAUAUGCAGGAGGGAAUGUAGGAGGCCUCUUGGAGGCUAUGCUUCAGCCAGUUGGGAAUUUUGGCAAAUUUCUCACCGUUCUCCUCAGCCUGUCUCUGGCGGGAAACAUUGCACCCACACUCUAUUCUAUGUGCCUCAACAUACAGGUGUUCAUACCCGUUUUGUACGUGGUUCCCAGAUAUGUAUUCUCGAUACUCGCGACAGCCAUGUAAGU